UAAAAUUUUUAUGUACAUGUCCUUCAGUUGCGUUGCAGGUGUUUAGCGCAAAACUUAGCAGUCCUUUUUGUUUUUUAAACACACACUGCAUAUCGUUUUGAAAACGAAAAAUGGAGGAAAAUAAUAUACCGAAACCUCUGUCUGAAGUGGCAAUACGUGUAAGUGACAAAAACGAUUCUAAUAAACUAGUGACGUGCUUGAAAACCAACAUUUUAACUCUGGCGACUGUAGGAGGUGUAAUAUGUGGAAUUAUUGUGGGUAUUAUUUUGAAAGAAACUGUAGGUACAUUCACGAAGAGAGAAGUGAUGUACGUGAGUUUUAUAGGAGAUGUAUUUUUGAGAAUGCUCAAGUCACUGAUAUUGCCUUUAAUUGUUUCUUCUUUGAUAUCGGCAAUAGCAAGUUUAGACAUAUCGUUAUCCGGGCGAAUUGCUGCAAGGGCAAUUCUUUUUUAUUUAACAACAACAUUUAUGGCAGUCGUCCUUGGAAUAAUUCUGGUAGCCACCAUUCAACCAGGUUCGAAUCAUAGUGGUGGCAACGCCAUGACAGGAAAUGAAAAUGAAUCUCAGAGAAAUGUAACAACAGUAGAUACAUUGCUAGAUCUUGUCAGGAACAUGUUUCCCCCGAACGUAAUUCAAGCAUGUUUGGAGCAGACUCGCACUACUCUGGUUGCCCCUGCUAACGAUAUUAAUGAACAAGAUUUAUUCAAAUGGGAUAUUAUAGAAGAAACUGUCUCUGGAACUAAUAUCCUUGGCCUUGUUGUGAUCGCCGUUGUAGUUGGAAUAGCUUUGGCACAACUCGGAGAAGAGGCGAAGACUUUGGCAAAUUUUUUUCACAGUUUAAUGGCGUUAAGCAUGAAAGUAACUUCUUGGAUUAUAAAAUUGUCUCCUGUCGGAAUCUUGUUUCUAGUAACAGCUAAAAUAAUGGAAAUGGAGGAUAUGGGAUUGGUGCUGGGUCAGCUGGGAUUAUAUUUUGCAACUGUAAUGAUAGGAAUUUUGAUACAAGGUUUCAUAAUACUUCCAUUGAUAUACACUAUACUUACAAGAAAAUCUCCGUUUCGGUACGUGGUAAACAUGAGUCAAGCCCUCGCUACCGCUUUUGGAACGGCUUCAAGUUCGGCAACUCUACCGAUUACAAUACAGUGUUUAGAAGAAAAAAAUGGAGUUGAUCCACGAGUAGCUCGUUUUGCCUUACCAAUUGGAGCAGCUAUUAAUAUGGAUGGUACUGCACUGUAUGAGGCAGUAGCUGCAAUUUUCAUUGCACAAACUCGCCAACUUGAAUUAACAGUUGGAAACUAUAUCGCUAUUAGUAUUACUGCUACAGCAGCUAGUAUAGGUGCUGCAGGUAUACCUCAAGCAGGUCUUGUAACUUUAGUAAUGGUUCUGGAUACUGUUGGUCUUCCAGCUGAAGAUGUUUCGUUGAUAUUAGCAGUGGAUUGGUUGUUAGAUCGGUUCAGGACAGUCAUUAACGUAAUGGGAGAUGCUUUUGGAGCUGGUAUAGUACAACAUCGAAGUGAAAAAGAACUGAAUGAUUUGCGAAGUGAUCCGUGACGGAUCUGAAUUAGUAAGAAAGAGCAGUUGAAGAAAGCUGUUAGAUAUAUUAAUUUUUAUCUAAUACUGUAAUACUUAUAAAAUAUAAAUACUUAAAUAAAAA